AUGAAGUCUGCUACCGUUCUCACCACCCUUGGUGCCAUUCUUUCCUUUGGCGCCCAGACGGUCGUUUCAACUUGCUACAAAAGCGGCGAUGACUUGCCUGACAAGGCACAAGCCAUUGCGUUCAUUACUGACGCCUGUCGCGGCAACAACGGCAUGUUCACGGGCGCCUUCGGCCCACUACAAACCAAAUCUAUGUGUCCUAACUCUCAUGGCGUAAACAUAUUAUUCGAGGUCCAGAACUUGAACGGAGUAGGCAACUACGACCUCGAUGACAACGAAUGCAUCACCCGUCUGGGCAACGAGAUUAACGCCUGCUCUCGCGGCGGCGAGUCUACCAUUGCUAGCUGGCGCUUCCGCGUCGACCCUGGCAACUGCUAA